AUGUCCUCGACGGAUCACAUCCUCACCCUCUCCUGCCCGGACAAACCCGGUAUCAUCCACGCAGUGACGGGACUUUUAAAAGAGCACAAUCUCAACGUCAUGGACCUCCAACAAUUCUCCGACCUCGAGCGCAAAAAAUUCUUCAUGCGCGUUCAUUUCGGGCACGCCGAGUCGACGGAACAUCUCCACGAACCAUUCCAAGCACUCGGACAAGAUUUGCAGUUCGACAAUGUGAAUAUUGUGGCCAAAUCCCACAAACCCAGAGUUUUAAUCAUGGUCUCCAAAAUCGGACACUGUCUCAAUGAUCUACUUUUCCGCCAAAAGACGCAACAACUCAACAUUGAAAUCCCCCUGAUAGUGUCCAACCACACGGAAUUCGCAUCCCUAGCCAAGAGCUACGAUGUAGAUUUCCACCAUCUUCCCGUCACAAAAGACACCAAAACCCAGCAAGAAUCCCAAAUUCUAGACCUCGUAAAGGAACRCCGCAUCGACCUCAUCGUCCUGGCCCGAUACAUGCAAGUCCUAUCCCCUAAACUCUGCGAAGCAAUGAGUGGGAAAAUCAUCAACAUCCACCACUCCUUCCUACCCUCCUUCAAAGGCGCGAAACCGUAUCAUCAGGCUUAUGAUCGGGGUGUCAAAAUUAUUGGGGCGACUGCACAUUUCGUUACGGCGGAUUUGGAUGAGGGACCGAUUAUUGAACAGCGGAUUUCGAGGGUGGAUCAUAGUAUGAAUGCGAAAGAGUUGGUGGAUGAGGGGACUAGUGUUGAGACGCAGACUUUGGCUGCUGCUGUUAAGUGGUGGAGUGAGAAGAGGUUGUUUUUGAAUGGGCAGAAGACUGUUGUUUUUAAUUAG